AAAUCAACCUAGAAAAUCCUUGAGAUUCUUGAUGAAAUCUGUGGGAUAUCACUUUCCAAACUGUCAGAUUUCCCAUGAGGAUUAUGUAUCUUCUUGACCAUGAUAGCUUCCCAUUUAAAAUGUCACACUCUCAUUCAUCACAUUAUUCAUCAUCUAUAUCCCUCUUCCUUCUUCUCUUCUUUCAUCCAUUUUUCUCCUUUUCUUGUGGCCACAUAUUACCCUCCAAGUUAUUAUGGCUAUGACUAUGGACUCCCAGUUUCAUGUUUUGGCUGUUGAUGACAGUCUCAUUGACAGAAUGUUGAUUGAGAGGCUCCUAAAAACCUCUUCCUUUCAUGUUACUACAGUGGACUCUGCCACCAAGGCUUUGAAAUUUCUUGGUUUGGUUGAAGAUGAAUUGAGGACUUUUAACUCUUCUGUUGCAUCAGAUAUUCAUCAGGAUGUAGAUGUAAAUCUGAUCAUAACGGACUACUGCAUGCCAGGAAUGACCGGCUACGAUCUGCUGAGAAAAAUCAAGGAAUCUAGCUUUCUUAAAAACAUACCAGUUGUGAUUAUGUCUUCAGAGAAUGUACCCUCAAGGAUUAACAGAUGCUUGGAGGAGGGAGCAGAAGAAUUCUUUCUAAAACCAGUUCAACAGGCAGAUGUAAACAAGCUCAAGCCACAUUUAAUGAAACCAAGAGCUAUGGAAGAGCAAGUUGAACCCUUAAAUAACAAAAAGAAUGACAUGGAAGAAAUUCAUUCCCUAAAUAAGACCAGAAUAAAAUGUAGCAGUUAAAAUUGGUUUCAAAUUAAAAUUGAUAUAAAAAAAAAUAGUCUUAGAAAGCUAGAACAUUUUCAUUUCUCUAUCUCACUGGCUUGGUAGUUAGAAGAGUAGAUGGCAGUCAACUAUAUAUAAGUCAUUCAUUUAUAUAGUUUGAGAAGAAAUUUCAAACAAUUUUGGUGAACAAAUAGUAUUUUAUCUUGCCAAAAAAAAUUUUAAUUUCACUACCCUUUAUUAGUUUACAAUUGCUACCUGCACAUUCUUUUUUAAUUUCAUUACCCUUUAUUAGUUUACAAUUGUUACCUGCACAUUUUUUACAUAAUCAAAUAAAAGAAUCGAAAAAAAUGGGACUUGAAACGGAGAACUAAAUGAGUAAUGAAUAAAGUUUUGAGCAUUAGAAAGGAAGAAGUUGACAGAAGUUAUUCUAAUUAUUUAAGAAUUAAGUAAAUUUUACAUGUGUAAGGUCGAUAUAAAUGAUUGUUGUAGGUUUUUUUUCUUAAAUAUUUAAAUUGAGACAUGAGUUGAAGGAUAAGAAACACUUUACACAAACCUUUAUUUACCUCUUUGUCUAUUUUCUUGUGGCUUCCAAUUUCGAGGGAUGCUUUUAUAUAUUUUUGUACUAAACUUUUUUUUUCUUUUAAAAUAAUAUACAUAUUUUUCUUUUCUUUUUUUAUAAUUUUUUAUUAUUAGUAUUUUCUGUGUUGGAAUACAAGUAAAGUCCUACAUCGUUCAAAUAAGAGGAUGGAUAUAAGUUUAUAUAUACACAGUUGUUUCCAUUGGUUGAGAGACUUUUUGGGUGAUGUUCAAAAACAAAUCCGUGAGAGCUUGGGAUACAAAAAGCUCCAGGAGAAAGAGGUUUGGUAUAUAUGUCAGCAAGUUGAUUUGCUGAAGAAAUUGGGAGAAGUUUGAUAAGUCCCUGCAAAGCUUUCUCCCUUACAAUGUGGUAAUCAAUCUCAAUGUGCUUGGUGCGCUCAUGGAACACUGGAUUUGUAGCUAUAUGAAGACCAAAUCUGUUAUCGCAGUAUAAAGUGGAUGGUUGAAUGAAUCAAACACUGAAAAUCUUGUAAGAGGUAAGUGAGCCAUUGUAGUUCACAAACGACACUAGCCAUGGCUCGAUAUUCUGCCUCAGAAGAACUUCUAGAUACUGUGGCUUGUUUCUUCGAUUUUCAAGAGAUCAAAGAGGAUCCAAGAUACACUACAUAACCGGUUAUGGAGCUUUGAGUAUCAAGGCAACCUGCCCAAUCUAAAUCACUAAACGCCUUUAAUUGCAAAGUGUUUGAGGCAGGAAAAAUCAGACCAGCACCUAGAGAACUUUUGAUAUAUCUGAGUAUUUGAGAGGCAGCUUGUUGAUGAGCAGUUAUGGGACGAGCAACAAAUUGGCUGAGAUUUUGAACUGCAUAUGUGAUGUCAGGUCUUGUAUUUGUUAAGUAUAUGAGUCUUCCAAUAAGCCUUCUAUAGGAAGAGGCAUCACUGUCACAGAGUGGAGAACCAGAAUGUUGAUGUAGUUUGGUGGUGUAAUCAAUUGGAGUAGACACUAGUUUA